AUGAGUGACACUGAAGAAUUUCUAGAGAUGGAAGCUCUAGAUAAUCCGCUUCGGGUAAUCAUCGUGGUCCAAGCCGAAGAUGUUCCCGACGGAGAUAUGGAAGAACGGAUGUUGGAUCAAAUCCAGCUGUUUGAAGAUAUGAACCAGUUCUUUGACACUUUUGAUGAGCAAAUCGCUGUUCCUAACGAAUCCCAUAUCAAAUACGAAGUUGGUCUGGACGGUUUAGUGGUUAUUGUUGUUGAUACAUUAGAGCUUAGAGACAAGGCUUUGAAAUUCAUGGAUGAUUACAAUUCCGAGAUAACACAACCGGAGAGAGAAAAGGAAAACGAAGGGGAAAAGGAAAGCUCCAAGAAAAGGAAAAAGAACACUGAUUAA